AAGUCUGAAAAAGCCCAAAAGACCGUAAAGAAAGAAAAUAAAAACCCAUUCCUCAGUUUGGAGUUCUUUCUAAUCUCUUCUUUUCCCCCUCCCCCCCGAGAAUUACAGAUCUUCUUCGUCUUCCUCUUCUCCGUCGUCGUCGUACUGUGGAGAGAAAUGCCGUCCAAGCUCGUCUCUCCAGGUCUUCCUCUCUGUCUUUCCGGCUUCUCUCUCUCUCAUCGUUCUCUCUCUACAGAGAUGGAAGAUCAUGAUCGAAGGAGGGAAGCCAUGAGAAGGCGAAGAUCAUCGAGUGCCGAUGCAGGAGGGAUCGGCUUCACCAGAUACAUCAUUCAAGCUAUUGGAGAUGGAGAUCUUCAUGAUUUGUGUGAAAAAACCAAAUUAACUUCGGCUGCAAAAGCCGCUUAGAUUACGAAAACACUGUCCAUGAUUCCACAAUCUCAACUUUUUGGGUUGGUUUCGGAUCUGUAUUUUCAUAUUUUGUCAAAAUCCUGAUUUGGAGCUUCAUGUAUUGUUCUCCUUAGUUUCCAACUUUCCUGGAUGGUUCAAUGUAAUCCUCUUCUAAUUUUACUUU